AUGCCCCGAGCCCGAGAACCCGAGCAGGAGGUCUCCGAUCGAUUGCGCCCGCGACGCAAGCGCCUGACUGUGGACAAACAAGCCGAGAUCGUCGAGCUUCUCAAGACAACGAUGCUGUCUCAUGAGGCCAUCGGCAACAAGUACGGUGUGUCUCGGCAGACCGUGACAGCGAUACAGAAACGCUCCAAAUCCGUGCUGAAGGAAAUGGAGUGCCUCCGAGGGCUCGCACGCACUGGCCGUGAGCACACCCGGCGCGUCCUCACGGCUCGACACCCUCUCCAUCCCGUCGACUUGGCCGUCUAUCGAUGGUUGCAGCUCAUCGAGGAGAACGGCGCUGAGCUCUUGGUGACGGGUGCGGUGCUCCAAGCUCGAGCUCUUGACUUCGCUGGCGCGCUCGGUUUUCCGGCCUUCAAAGCUUCGAACGGCUGGCUGCAAAACUUUACCAAGCGCAUUGGUGUGCACUCUAGUGUACGCUCGGGCGAAGCAGCGUCACUGCUCAUCACGACCGAUGUGCAGCACCGUAUCAACGCCAUCAUUACAGCUCUCGUCGGCCCGGCGCCCUCGCCUCAGGAGCGCGAUAAUUCCGUCGACAACUCUUCCGAUCGACCGCUGCGCGCAGCAACGAUCGACGUCCUAUCAAGUCAGCGUGCGCUGUCAGCGAGCGAGAGCCUGCGUGAGUACUUCGCAUGGUAUGAAGACGACGACAUGCUCGCCAAGCUCAACGCCAUUGUCCAACGCAUCGAGGCCAACGCGAGCCACACGACGCCCAGCGCGGUCUUUUACAUUCGAGCUCAUUCCCAAAGCGGCAUCAUGUGA